GGCAGAAGGAUGCCCUGGCAGGGUCCAUCCAUGGAUGCCAGCAAGAAGGUGGAUCUGAAGAUCAUCAUCAUAGGAGCUCUAGGCGUGGGCAAGACCUCCCUCCUGCACCAGUACGUGCACAAGACCUUCUAUGAGGAUUACCGCACCACGCUGGGCGCCAGCAUCCUCACCAAGGUCCUCGUGGUGGACAACACCCCCCUGAAGCUGCAGAUCUGGGACACAGGGGGACAGGAGCGGUUCCGGUCCAUGGUGUCGACCUUUUACAAAGGCUCAGAUGGCUGCAUGCUGGCCUUUGACGUGACAGACAGGGAGUCCUUUGAAGCCCUGGACAACUGGAGAGAUGACUUUCUGGAGAAGGUCAUUCCAAGGGAGCAAGAUUUCCCCAUGGUCGUGCUGGGGAACAAAAUAGACAUCUGCGAUCGGCAGGUACCCAAGGAGAUGGCCUCAGCCUGGUGCAAGGAGAAAGACAUCCCUUAUUUUGAAGUCAGUGCCAAGAACAACAUCAACGUUGCUGAAGCUUUCGAGACCCUGGCAAAGCAGGCACUAACAACAUACAAAGGGAUUUUCGAGAGCUAUUUAACCGACUCCAUCAAGCUCAGCCCCAACGACAAGCCCAGGACGCGCUGCUGCUGACCCCCCAAGC